AUGCUCGACAUGAUGGUGACUUGCAGAGUCGCAGCAAUAUUCUGUGUCUCCAUCACAGCAGUGCUCGGCAGGUCUGCGCCAGAGCCGUUAAGCAUCAGCCCCAGCUUUUCCUGGGAUGGCGCUGAUGGUCGAUGGUCAAGUUUCAACAUUCAAGUCGGUACUCCACCUCAACUCCUUCGCGUUCUACCAAGUACAUCAGCCAAUGCAGGAAGCGCGCCUUGGGUCAUCAUAGAUCCCGGCUGCAGUAAAGUCAACCCUUCGCUCGAGAAAUGCGCAGAUCUCCGGGGUGGCCUCUUCGAAAGCAAUAGGUCUUCUUCAUGGUCCACAGAAGGACUAGAGAACGGUGUCGACGGAGUGAUUUACAACCUACCUGCGGAUGAGGAACUUCAGAUUGGACGAGAUGGCAAUGGCUCGUAUGGUUAUGACACCGUCGGUCUUGGUAUACCUGGGUCUGGCCUACCGUCUCUGCAGCAUCAGCUCGUUGCCGGCGUUUGGGACGACAAAUACUUCGUGGGUUCACUGGGAUUGAGCCCGCUUCCGACGAACUUCUCCAACCUGCAAGAUCCCCAAUCGAGCGUGCUGGGUGCACUGGUCAACCAGUCGCUGGUUCCGUCAUCAUCAUGGGCCUACACAGCCGGCGCGUACUAUCGUGACGUGUUCGGAAGCCUGAUCUUUGGCGGCUACGACGAAACCCGCUUUCAGACAAACAACCAGACUUUCGCCUUUGAUUCCAUGGUAUCGCGCGACCUGACUGUCAGCUUGAGAUCGAUCACAUACGACACCGCUGGUGCGUCACCACUGCUGACGAGUAGUGUUGACAUCUUCAUCGAUUCUCUGGUGACAGAAAUUUGGUUACCAAUCGAGACCUGCAAUGCCUUCCAGCAGCAGUUCAAUUUGACUUGGAAUCCUCAAGGCCAGCUGUACCUGGUCGACGAAGUUGCGCAUGCUGCUCUCGUAGCUCAAAAUCCAAGCUUCACAUUUACAAUCGGCCAGUCAGGAAGCGACUCGGGUGCCACCGUUGAUAUCGUCCUCCCAUAUGCAGCAUUCGAUCAGGUGCUCUCAGAGCCAAUUGUCAGCAAUACUACGCGAUGGUUUCCGAUCAAGCAAGCGCAAAAUGCAAGUCAGCUGUUUCUUGGGCGAACCUUCUUGCAGGAAGCAUAUGUUAUUGCUGAUUAUGAUCGUCGGACCUUUUCCGUCUCCCAGGCAUUGUUCCCGGACUCAUCGGUAAAGCAGCGCCUGACAGCGAUACACCGUCCGCCAUCAGAAGGCGACGCUGGCACCCACAUCACCACAGCGAAACUUGCGGGGCUUAUCGCGUUAGCAGUCGUGGUAUCAGUCCUUUGUGUCGUCGCAUUGCUCUGGUGCCUCAGAAGAUCUCGAAAGAUGAGUCGUGAAAAUGAAGGUGGAACCACCAAUGUGAAGGAGUUGAGCUCAUCGUCGGCCUCACAUUGUGAGGUUGACGCAAGCGAGUACCAAAUAUACGAGGUCGAUACCAGACAGCGGAUGCCGGAAUUGCAGAAUGGAGAGUAUUUCUAUCGGCAUGAGUUGGAGACCAGAGAGGUCGCACAGGAGCUUCAUGGUAGUUCGGCUAGGUUCAGUGGGCAGUAA